AUGUCGCAUACACUCAGAAGAACCAAAGAGCUUACGUACAACUACGUGGAUCGCGUUCGUUUGGCUGAACAUUCGCUGCAACAAGACUACAAAUGUCCGACGCGUGGUUCCGGCUGGCGACACAACAAUAAGUCCAUCUCGCACUUGGAUUUGGCCACAAGCUGCCACAGCACAGCUUUCGGUCCAAGUCAUUGGCCUCACAAUCGUCAGCUGCGUCAUUCGCGUUCACUCGACUACGCCCAUCUUACGGAUCGUUGUAAGGAUCAUUUGGAUAUUGCUGAAUUCUAUUGGCGUUUGGAUCCAGAGGGUGAUGCUUUAUAUGAAGAUGAGUAUGAAGAUGAAGUGCCCGAUGAGGAGGAAACGUUAAUAGGACGAUAUAACGGUGAACAACGACAAGAGCCGCCAUACCGGGAUUAUAAUUACGCUGAUAAUAGCCAGCUUCUACAUCCACCUCAUCUGCAUCACAAUAGUAGUGGUGGUGGCGGAAACGGAGGCGUUGGCAGUAGCACGGCAAAAACAGUCACAGCCGCAUCAACUAUUAUAUACAAUUGCUUAGUGUUGAGACAUUUCAAAAUAAGAAAUUCUGAUAAUAGCCAGCUUCUACAUCCACCUCAUCUGCAUCACAAUAGUAGUGGUGGUGGCGGAAACGGAGGCGUUGGCAGUAGCACGGCAAAAACAGUCACAGCCGCAUCAACUGCGGCGGCGACGUCGGCAACGGCGGCCACUUUACAAGCUUUCGACUUUGGCAGCGAGUCGUGCAGUUUGCGGCGCUCGCGCAGCUUAGCCGUAAUUCGUGAGGAGACAUUUAGCGACUUGCAAAUUACUACGGCCAACAAUAGCCGACGAUCGCAACUGAUACCGCGUGCGCGCAUCGUCAAUCGCGGCUUUAUACGUGAACGCGAGCGAUUAAUCUGCGGCGGCAGCAUUGGCGCCAACAAGCAUCAUCAUCACCAUCAUCAUCACGCAGGCGGUGGUGGUAGUUGCAACAACGCUGCUGAUACAUGCGAGGAUAUUGGUUUAAGUGCAGCCGAGCAGAAGAAGGUGCAACACAACAAUAGCAUCAACGCUGCCAGCGGCGAUAUAGGAGAAUUGUAUCAGCAGCCACAGCUUAUACACGCGCAUCCACAUCCACAUUCGCAUCUGUAUCGACAUCAUCAGCAUAAUCAUACGAGCGGCGGCAGCAGCAGCAGCGCCAACAAUAGUAAUCACGACAACCUUCAAUCUCAACACUCACAUAAAAACAAUCAACCGCCUCAGACGCAUCAAUACCCACAAAGCCCCACGGUUGCACAACCACCUCAUCAUAAUCCGAUUCAACAUCAUAAUCAGCCACAUCAGUCACGUGAGGCGGAUGAUUACUACGAUAAUUUGAAGCGCUUGGAUGCGCUGACAUUGGGACUUGUUGAACAAUUACACCCUUGGCAUAAUGAGAAAAGCGAUUUGGAGAGUUUGAACUCUGAUUAUUUCAAAAACUCACUGCACCAGAGUCACGAACUGCAACAACAAUUGGACUUUGAAGCGCUCGAGGAGGCGGUCAGCUAUUUGGCAAGUGAGAAGCCACGCAUCUAUCAGUCGCACCGACAGCAGCGUACGCUGAGCAAUUCACAGCAGAAGCUACACAACGCGACAGAUUCUUAUCAGGAGAACAGUCAGAGCAGCGCAUUCCCCGAGACUACAACUAGCAACUCGGACGAUCAGACGGAUAGUGCAUCGUUAUCCGAACAGGAAUAUGAUCUGAAGAAGAUUGAGAAGAUCUACAAAGAAACUACAAAAUUAGAUGCAGCCGAAGAAGGCUAUGAACUAAUAAGUCUUACCACAACAACGCGCACACGCAUUGAGACUACAGAAGACGAGGGUGAAGAAGAACUGCAUAGUAUAAUCAGUUACACAGACAAAGACGUUGACAAUUUUGGUUGCCUAGCAGCUGCUGAAGCAACUGCGGACGUGAACGAUCACGGUAAUGGUGUGUUAAAACGUUCGCGUGCCUUGAGCGAAAAUCUUGAGAAGCUUAUUGCAUAUGACUCGUUGUAUUUGUCAUCGGAAGAGGGUUCCGAAAGUACGCUGAUUGACGAAAAUCACUGUGGAGCGUACGAGCGUACAACUCAUGUGACAACGGCGAAACUCGCAGAGGAGAGUGGCGAAACCGCAACCUUACUGCAUUUCACUAUCGAAGAUAUAAUUUAUGAGCCGAACACCAGCCAACAGUACAGUGGUGAAUGCAAGGAAGCUGGAAAAGGAGCUGAUAACGAAAUAGCUACUGUGACUUGCGCAGCGACGAUAUUGGCAGAGACGGAAGCUGCGGAAAUUGCAACGCAAACAACAAAGGAAAAACAAUUAGUUAGUGUUGUGGAAAGAGUAAAUACGAAAAUUGAAAAGAUUCCACACACAGCGACAGUAUCAGAUGAGGAGGAAUUGAGUAAAACGCUUGAAUCGACGACAUUGUAUACACAAAUAUUAAAAGUAGGUCAUGCGCCAGCAACGUGCACAGAAACAGCAACAACAAUCACAUACACAACCACGUCAACAUCAACGACAGCUACACCCAAUUCUGUAGCAAGUGCGCGGGCAUUAGUGGCAGCCAACGCCGCCACUGCUCUGCCGACAGGUGUAGUAGCUAAGCCUGCAACAGUCAGCACUUUGUCAGCCACUCAAUCCACUGUGGGCAUAACAUCGAGUGUAGCCAGCAAACCGAAAAUCCUUUCUGUGGUGGAAAAACGUAAGUGGAAGCGCCACAACGACACAGCAUCACACACAGCCAACGCGAGCUCUUGCAACGAGACAAGUGUCCAGCCACGUAGCUGUGGUUUAGAGUCAAUCGCCACUUCUGGUUCGCCGCCGAUUGAUUACCCGCUCGCGCCAUUGAAACGCCAAUCAACGGCCAACUCACUUACGUACUUACCAUUCCAAACGAAUCUUAGUGAUAACCAGUAUCAUAGUCUGCCGGAUGUGAACAUUGGUCAGAGUCUCAAAGUGUCCGAGUGUAUUGAUGCGAAAUUGAGAUCUUCCUACAACGUCAACAACACCGAGCUGGAUGACUGUUAUUUACGUGAAACCACUGCCACCAACACCAACACCACUGACACCAGCAACAGCACAGCCAUCAACAAGGCAAUACACCUAAUAGAAAAUACUAACACGGAAAAAUUGAAGCAACAGCUAGAAGAAGUAGUAACUAGUGAAGAAAUUUACGACUCAAUCAAGAGAUUUGGUCGUGCACACCAGAAGGCAAGAAAGAAGGAAUAUCAGGAAUUACACGAAGCACAUUUGGAAAAGGCGAAGAAGCGGGAGGUAAAGGAGAAGUGUGUCAGAGCACAUAAUAUUGCCAACGAAGUGGUGGAUGUGAAAAACCAACGUGAAACAACAACAACAACAACAUAUCCAGAUAGUUUAGUGGAGGAAAUCACAGGGAAGACAGUUGAUAACGGCGCGGUAGCGACGGAAAUUGACGCACAAGAAAACACAGUUAUUAAGGCAAACUCCUGCACUGAAUCGCAUGUAGCAGAUGAUACUGAAAGCAACGUAACAGCAAAUAGCUCGCUGGACACAAGCGCAAGUGAGUAUCAGGAGCAACCAAAGGACGCGCCCGACAUAGAAGUCGAGAACUUUAGCAAACUAAUUGAACGACGCGCAAAAGAAAUUAAAGAGAAAACUGGUAAAAGAACACUUGGUGCGGAAGAGGCUAAGUAUUUGAAGAAUUCCACGGAAAUACAGAAAUCAGAUACAAUUUCAAAGGAAUUAUUCACGCAGCAGGCUGAUGGUAAUCGAGUAAACGCGAGUGUUGGCAGUAAAUUCCGCAUAAUUGUGACGGAUGCACACAACAACAUAAUCGAGGAAGACGCAAUCGAAAGUGACGACAACUUAAAAGACGCUUACAAGGCAGAGACGCACAAUAGGCUUAACAUCUUGGCGGAUGUAACAAUAAGAAGACAGGAUAAAAGAGAGAUAUCCACUAAAGAUAAAUCAACAAUUGUCAGCACGCACACACGCGUGGCAUCGCUGAAACGUGUGCCCUCCAAGCCGAAACGUCAACAGCAUCCAACAGCUCACCAUCAUUGCUGUCAACAGCAAUGUAAAAAUAAUAGCAACAAAGCCAAAAACACUAACGGCAACAGUAAGAAUAUCCAAAGCAACAGCAAUAAAACGAACGCACAUGUCAAUGAUAACAAAACCAACUUUGACAACAGCAGCAGCAGCAACAAUUACUGCGAAUUAUCAAUAAAAUCUAAAGAACGUCGUGUGCUAAGUACGCAAAUCUACAAAGCACGUCCCGUCAAGGUUCUAACACCGAACGACUCUUUCCGGCGACGCAGCACUGAGGGCGCCGUUACGGCCGCAGGCAGCAAAAUGUCGCGACCACAAAUUUUGCACGUUGUGGACAAUAAGCGCCGAGGUGAUAUGCUUGGCGCUGGUAAAAAUGCAAGCAAUAGCAAAAGUAGCAAUAAAGGCGUUGGCAUAAACUUCAAUAAGGCCAAACGAGUAGAAGACAGCCAAGUAGAAAAUGAAUAUCUGAAAAAGGUCGACGCAGUGCGCAAUUACUGGUCGAAAUUGGCAAAAGAUGAGGACGAGCAGAAGCAAGAGGCUGUAGCAGAUGGCAAGCAAAUCGAAGUAGAGCAAGAGCAGACGCUGAAAUAUACAAACAAACAGGAAAAUAUAUAUGAGCUUCCCAAAGGGUCGCAAGAAGAGCGGGAAAGUCAAAAGCAGCAAGCACAGCAGCCACAAAAACCACAAGCCGAACCGAGACAUUUCAUUUUGGGCGCACAAUCGCACGAGCAGACACAACCGCAGACUGAAAAAAAUGUCGUUAAUCCGCCAACUACUAAGCUGCUCAAUUCCAAUUCAAGCUUCAGUCAAGAUGAGUUCUGUAGCUUCAUGCCUUCCAUUGAAAUCGUCGAAUUGGAUGGUGACAAGAAGGCGACCAUAGUCAGCGCGGUACCGCCCAAUUCGGAUGACCCCGCAUCGCUGGCAAACGAUGCCAACGGUGAGCCACAAUUUGAUCACAUACGCUACAAAGUGCUGAAAUCACAGCAACUACUGCGUAACAAUAUGAUGCCGCGCAGCAAGAAGGAAGCACAAUUCGAUGGACUCAUACAGUAUCUGCAGGAGUACAGUUUCCAAGAACUGCUCGCCAACAAUAAUGUAGUGAUUGUGGAGCCAGUGCGCACUAAAAUCGAACGCCCACUCACUACCAUAGCACACGCGGCCGCGAACGUAACGGCGACCGCAUUGCAGAAAUUGGGCCAAAAGACAAUCGAAAGCAGUGACAAUGGGAAGGCCAUAAUUCAGUCCGUGAACAUAGAUAGCGCUAUCAAAGUGGAACCGCAAGCAAAGUUGCAUAUGAGUGUAGGUGCACAGAGUAAUGACGAGGGAACGAAAACCCAACAGAGAGUAGGAAAAGCGAGUGAUAGCGUUGCAAAAACCGCCAGUGGUGGUGGCAGCGGUGGCAUUAAGCGUCACUUCUUUUACCAGCCUGUGCGCGUGAACCGUGAACUGUACGAAGAGGAGUUGCCUAAUCCCGAUAUUGUGCGAAAUGUGCGCAAAUUCUUCGAGGAGAAUGUGUUGCCCACACCGCGAGGCGGCAUGCAGCUACAACACACAUCGCACGACGAGGACACAUUUGUGGAACGUAGUGCAGCAACGCAGCUGCCAAGCCCGCGUGCUAGGCGUGCACGCAAGUACCGCUAUCUUACCAUUGAUACAUCUUACGGGCAUAUGCCGCACCAACACCAGCAACAUCAACAACAACAGCUUACACAACAGCAACUACCUGGCCAACAUCCACCAAAGCGCGCAAGUCCGACGGCACGCAAAUGGGAUACGGCCAGCUUGUCGAGCGGGAUCUCUAGCGGUGAUUUGUCAUCGCCUUGUGAGUGUAAUGAAACGGACAUAACGACCACGUCCGAGAAGCAAGAAGCAAUCAAUGAAGAGGCAUUAAAGGGCGUGCACGUGCAAACGGUUGUCCAAGGGCAUAAUAAUAGGAAUAUGCGGAAUAAGACGUCAGCGCAUAUUGACAGCACGAUUGGGGGUGAAAAUGAUUAUAAUGGACAUUUACCAUGUCCACGUCCACGACCACGCAGCAGUGCCAUUCGUGGCGGUGAGGAGCCUACUUACCGCAUAACCGACAUUUAUGAGCAGCAUGCGAGCCAGCAACAAAAUCGAAAUUUCGCAAGAGAAGAUAAAUUCAGUCGACUGGGCGAUGGAGGGCCAGCAACCGAUGAGGAGGAAAACGAGGACGCCGAUGAUGAAGACCUUGAUGAAGAGGUCUAUGAAUCGCAUUAUGUAAGCAAAGAUGUACUCGAGAAGAUAAGGGAGUGUGGCUCCACAGUCACCUACUACGGCGGACGUGUGUUGCAAAGCACUUCGCCGGAUCCAUUGCACUAUGGCAGUGGCUACAAUGGCGCCACCAGCAACAAUGGCAAUAUACAGGUAAACGCGGCAAGUACCAAUACAAUGACGCUGACGAGGCGUCGAGUGCGACAAAUUGAGAGUUGUAAUGCUUGCGAGCCACCACAAGAUUGUGCGCACCAACAACCAACGACACACAAGUUUCCACAACAGCACGAUGAACACAAUGACAAAAAGAAAGGCAAUUCAGCGGAAGUUACUGACGAUAACAGAGAAAGUUCAAUGGGGCACUUUGGUAUAAAAUUCAAACUCGUCAAAUCAAACAGCUGCAGCAGUCGUUUGGAAUUGGCUGGUACUGGCGCCGAAAUCGUCGAAACUGGCGCCGAUGAAACAGAGGUCGUCAAAAAGAUGGUACACCAUUUCGAGUGCACGAAACUACGACAAGUGGAGGGUAAGGAUGAACCUUUGACAAUCAACAAUCAAACGCCUGCAAGAAAAUUGGUGGAUUGCGGGCAAGUGCUAGUUGGUGGAGUGAGCGAAGUAAAGCAAGUGACCGUAAAUAAUCACAUAAAUGUGCCUAUGACUACAUAUUCGUGUACUUUAGACGACGUCAAGCCAACGAAUUUGAUAAGCAAUGGAUGUGACCGCACCAACUAUGAAAAUAAUAAAUCGGAAAUGAGUAACGAAAUAACAUAUCAAAGCUCAGCCAUGGAUAUACGCUUGAGCCACGUGGACCAACGUAAGUCCCAGGAGUGUGCUGCAGAUAAUGCGAGUGGAGAUGGCAAUGGUACACUGAAAGUUUGGCGCAAUAAAAACGUCGAUUUAGCCUACACAAUGACCCAGAAGCAAAACCAACAGCAACAGCAACAAGGAAGAGAUUUUCAUGCAGAGUCUGAUGGCAAAGCCAAAGCCAUCAUAAGCCCCAAACAAAAUGGCAAUCAGAGUGAAGCUUUGUUACCAUCAACGACACCAGCGUCAGCUAAUGUGGCAGGCAUCAAAAGAAUAUUAGAGUCGAAUUUGCCAAUGAAGAGCCGAAACGAUGACUACGUUGGCGGAGCUGUUGAUACUGCCAACAAUGAAAGUUGUGAUGUUUUAGACAAAAUUAAUUUAAGAAAUGUAGAACAACAGCCGUUCACUGAAAAUUGCCAAACGCCGACCGAGGCACUCCCCACUGCAAGCACUCAAGUUAAAGCACAAGUAACAACAGUCACAGCAACAACGACACCAAUACUCGCACCACGCUCCACGCAACUGCCCGCACAAAUAGUGGUGCCCGUCGAGAUACACCGCGCCGAUCAACAAACACCGGAGCCACACGGUCGCGCGAGUGUAGCCAGUAGUCGUGGCAGCAGUAUAACGACAGUCAUUACAACCAACUCAACGGCGCUGCGGGACAAGAAUGUCGUACGCCAUUAUGUGGCAAACGAUAAGAGUCUCUUCCAGAAACGUAAAUACGAUGAUAUUGAAUUUGAGGAAUUUGAAGUUUAUGAUCCGACAAAAGAUUUCGAGAAGUUAAUUGAAAAUGAAAAACGCCGUGAGGAGGCGAAAAAAGAGGGCAAGCAACAGCCAGCUAGUGGCGAAUUAGCUGCAAUAGCCACACGGAAUGGCAUCAGCAACUUAGAUGCGCGUUAUGAAGAGGAUGAAGAUGAGGAGGAAGACGGAAGGAAAUCGAAGCUUGGUAGCGAUUGCUAUGACUACGAUAGCCUAGAGGAUAAAUUGUGAAGUGAACGAGGAAAUCAAAACAAUUCUAAUAUUUAUGGUAUCUCUUUAGUGCUUAAAUGCUUUAUGUUGUUUAAAAUUUUCGAAAUGCGCAGCUAAGCGUAGUUGAUUCACCCACUUUCUAAUAAAGCGAAAUUUAUGAAAUGUAAAAACGACAACGAUAACGGUGUAGGGAAGUUACAUUUUAACAUUUUAACAAUUGUGCUAACUCUUUGUUUAAUUUUUAAUUCAUUGCUUUAUUUAUUAGAAAACCAAAAUGUACCAAAAAUUCAUUGACUUCGAGAAGAAUUGUCCUGUGGCAAUUGCCGAGCCAAAUGCCAAAUGCAGUCACUCCAAAGUUUUUAUGAAUAUCGAAUAUAUAAGUUAAAUUAUAAAUUAUAUUGUUUAAUUAAAAUUUAUAAAUAUUAAUUCUAUAUAAAUAUACAUACAUAUAUUUAUUCAA